AUGUUUUUUGUUUAUAUCAAGUGAGAAGAUGAGCGAAAAACGCGAAAGAGAAACAAAAAAUUGCAAUAGCGAUGCGAAUGAAGUGCUAAUUGAGGAAAUCGAUAGCAUCGAUGUACCGGAGAACGAGCUGGCCCAGUUCGAAGUGACAGAACCACUGCGAAUAGUGGAAAUCAUCGACAUGGACGAUGCGGAUGCCAACGAGGAUGCCGCCCAGGCAGCGGAUGAGGAGGGUGCCCUAAUUAGACGGUAUGUGCAGGGUGUACAGUGUCUGGAGUUUCCCGACUUCUGCACCAAACUGGAGCCCGGCGACGAGGAGGAUGACGAUGAAGUUGCUCAUCUGGCGGCCAAAAAGCACGAGCAGGGCGAGGAGCAGCCGGUAGCCUCGACCAGUGCAGCGGCAGCAGCAAAGCUUCUGCAGUCGCCCAAGCCGCCAGCCAAGCCAGCUUUUAGUGGAGGACGCGGCGGCGGCGGCGGCGGUGGUGGAAACUUGGGUCGACGCAGUCAACUAAAUGCCGCCCUUGUGGGCCUAAUGGGCGAGGCGAAUCUCUCUUUUGCUUACGGACGCUACGAUACCGCGGAGCGCAUUUGCAUGGAGAUCAUCCGGCAGAAUCCGUUGGCCAGCGAACCCUUCUAUACUCUUGCGGAGAUCUAUGAGAAUCGGGAUGAGGUGAAGUUUCUGCACUUUUCUACAAUAGCUGCGCAUCUGAAUCCGCAGGAUCGUGACAUGUGGAUACGCAUCUCGGAUCUACUGGUGCAACAGGGUCAUUUGGCACGCGCCCGCGUCUGCUACACGAAGUCUAUCAAGGUGCUGCACAAGGAUUAUGUGCUGCGACUACGCAAAGCGCAGCUCCUCGAGCGCAUGGGUGAGACAAAUGCGGCAAUGUUUACGUAUUUGAAAAUGCUGCCACUGAUGCCAUCGUCCGAGUGGAGUUUGUGCCUCAGCACGGGCAAAAAUGUGGCACGCUAUUUCCAUGUGCUGGAGAAGCAUCACAUUGCCCUGGAGGCCAUGGAGGGUGCAUAUAGUGUUUGUGGUUCACGUUUCACCGUGGAGGAUCUCAACAUCUAUUUGGAGCUGCUCAUCCUGAAUAAACAGUUCAUCAAGGUGCUGCGCUGUCUGCGCGAGCGCACCAAACUGGAGCUGGAAACAGAGCAGGAGGAGACGCUGGAACUGAUAUAUUUCUGUCACAUACCCGAAGACUAUGUACCCGAGCUGCGUGCCAAGCUGUGCGUCAGCCUAAUCCACCUGCAUGCUCAUCACCUGCUCGGUUAUCUUGUCCAGAAUGUGCAGGAGUACAUCACACCGACGGUGGAGCGUGUGGAGCUCUACAUGGACAUCACGGAGGCACUGAUGCAGGAGCACAAAUAUGCGGAGGCAAUUGCCCUAAUGCGACCCAUCACCGAUGCCGACUCCUUCGAUUGUCCAGCGUUCGUUUGGUUGCGGCAAGCGGAGUGUCUGCGUCAACUGAAUCGCACCAAUGAGGCAAUCCAAAGUUAUGGACGAGUUGUACAGCUCGCUCCAUACUGCUAUGAGGCCAAGUUCACAUUGUCUGCGCUGCUCAAGCAGCUGGGCAGGCAGGAGGAGGCAGUCAAGGCACUGGAACAGUCCGGUGAACAGGAAGGUCAGCCGCUGCAUGCGAGACUGCUCUAUGAGCGCUGCAUCAUGCUGCAGCAGAUCGGUCGCAUCGAGGAGUUUGUCGAUGUGGGCUAUGUUCUGCUCGGCCGACACUCCAUCAAGCUGAAGAAUCGCGAAGAGAUGAUGGCAGCGGCAAAUGGCGGAGGUGCCUACAACACCGAGGGACUCAAGUCCAUCAUGCAAAUGCGCAGCCUGGCGGCGGGUGUUACGGGCAACGCUGAGCCGGAACAACAGGACACAUCGAAGGCGACUGCAACGGCUGCGAAUGCUGAGGGCUCUGAUCUGACCAUAAAGAACGAGUACGAGCUGUUCCUGGAGCUGAUACGCACUGCCUAUGCGCAUGGGAUGCACAGUGCUAUUGAGCGGAUUUGCUUCGCCAUGGUGACCACAAAGCGUUUCACCUACUAUCACUACGAGAUCGAGAGGAUUAUGAUACUCGCCUGUUAUUUCAAUCAUGAUUGCGCAAUUGGAUUCUCGUAUUUGCGUGAGUUGAUUGCCAAGCAGCCGGAGCAUGUGAAUCUGUGGAAUCUGCUGUCGCUGCUGGUGCAGCAGGGCGAUGAGGUGCGCUACUUUCGCUAUGCGCGACGCCUGCUCCAACGACAUCCGACAGUCACCCAGCCGAUGCGCCUGUUCCUCGGCCACUAUCAUCUCAACUGCAGCUCGUACAAGUAUGCGUUGAACGUUUAUGUGCCCAUAUUGCGGGAGCAGCCACAUCCGCUUGUCGCUCUCUCCAUAGCCGUAGUCUUCAAUCAGCUGGCGCUACAGAAGAAGGUGCUGCGUAAAUCGGGUGCUGUUGCUCAGUCGGUGGCUUUUGCCCAACGCUAUGCGGAACUGCGUUCGGGCAGCGAUUGCAACAGAAAUAAUGUGCCCGAUUCAUGUGCUGCAAGGCAGGAGAUCUACUACAACAUUGGACGCAUCUAUCAUCAGGCGAACAUCCUGCAUCUGGCCACCGAUUACUAUGAGCGUGCCUUGGCCGUGCACCAUCCGCUAAUAGAGAAGCACGAAUCAAUUCUGGGACUGCAGCACGAGAUCGCCUUCAAUCUGCAUCUCAUCUAUCGAGCGAGUGGCAACAAGUGGAAAGCGAGACAAUGUUUAAUGCGCUAUUGUGUUGUGUAACUGAUAAUAUUUAUUUUAAGAUUUUCUUAUUGGUAAUUAUAAUCCUAGGACUGACUACGUUAA